AUGGUCCUCACACCUCUACAACCCACACCAUGGUCCCCACACCUCUACAACCCACACCAUGGUCCUCACACCUCUACAACCCACACCAUGGUCCUCACACCUCUCCAACACACACCAUGGUCUUCACACCUCUCCAACACACACCAUGGUCCUCACACCUCUACAACACACACCAUGGUCCUCACACCUCUACAACCCACACACCAUGGUCCUCACACCUCUACAACCCACACACCAUGGUCCUCACACCUCUACAACCCACACCAUGGUCCUCACACCUCUACAACCACACCAUGGUCCUCACACCUCUACAACCCACACCAUGGUCCUCACACCUCUACAACCCACACCAUGGUCCUCACACCUCUACAACCCACACCAUGGUCCUCACAUCUCUACAACCCACACCAUGGUCCUCACACCUCUACAACACACACCAUGGUCCUCACACCUCUACAACCCACACCAUGGUCCUCACACCUCUACAACCCACACCAUGGUCCUCACACCUCUACAGCCCACACCAUGGUCCUCACACCUCUACAACCCACACCAUGGUCCUCAUAA